AACUUCAGUGUGCCCAUGUCCACAAACUGGUAUUCCAGAAGCAAUAAUGAUGGAGGUGUGGGCCCUUCUCAGUGGCUUCAGGAUGUCAGGGAGUCUGUAAAAAGAGAAAGAGUGGAUUUUGAACACACUCCUGAUGCUAACCCUGAGGGCAGUGAUAAUGCAUCCAUCAAUCCUGACCAAUUGGUAUAUCUUGGAGAUCCAUCUAGAGAUAUACAGAUACUAUAUUCAGUACUGAAAACAGCAAAAUCCCAUUUGCGUCCAGACCUGUCAGCCAAGUACAUCGUUCUCCACUUGUUUCCAGAGGAAGUACUAAUUGCAAGUAAUGUCUAUGGCAAUAUGGAGUGUGGCCUGUUUGCCCUUGAUCCCAAUAGGAUUGAUGCUCUCCGAGAAUUUCUUCAGGACAACUACCCUGAAUAUGAACUAGAAGAAACUGGAUAUUAUUGGAAAUUGUGUGUGACAGCCAUCAAUGGCUGUCUCCAAACCCUUAGACAAGGCCCAAGGAAUGCAAUAGCUUAAUCAUUCGAAUUCCUAGCAACAGCUCUUUCUGCAGAGUCAACCAAACAGAUGGAUGAAACUAACAGAUACAUUUAGCCAAUUUUUUCUAAAAUAGUAGAUCAUUUUGUAAGUUUCUGAGGUUGUCAUGCCAUAUUUAGCCUGCUCUAAUGAUAAAGUUCUGUAUUGACUACCAAUUAACCAAAGAUCUUUUUGAAGUAGUUUGUCUCUGAACAAAGUGGGGAACCGUGUACUUCUUUCUUGAGCAUCCAAUUAGGGAAAUACUAGGAAAUUCUUAAAUGAUUAAUUUAGCUGGUUAUUUGAAUAUAGAGCAAGAGUAUAUAGA